AGGGAACAGGGCGAGGCUAUGAUUUACUGCCAGACAUUAGCUGCUGGACUCUGACCAGAGUGUGUUAUUACCUGUACAGCCCUGAACACUGAAGUACAUCACUGAGAGGCUCGGGAACCAGUGACAGGAACCGCAGCUCAGUCAGUGGGGAGACAAGACGCCCAGAACACUGAAGCUCAUCACUGAGAGGCUCGGGAACCAAAGGCAGGAACCGCAGCUCAGUCAGCGGGGAGACAAGACGCCCAGAACACUGAAUCCACAUCCCUUAGAGGCUCGGAAACCAGAGGCAGGAACCGGAGCUCAGUUAACGUGGAGAGAAGACGCCCAGAACACUGAAGCUCAUCACUGAGAGGCUCGGAAACCAGAGGCAAGAACCGGAGCUCAGUCAGCGGGGAGACAAGACGCUGAUCUGUGAACAAUUUCUGAUCGCUUGAAAUCAUCAUGGCCCAGGCUCCCAAUCCAAAUCCAACACUGACAGAUAACGAAGGGAACCAAAUUGAGACAGGUUUAAGUGACACAUUCUCCAAGACCCUCGCCCUAUACAACGGAUACGAGUUGUUCAGAAUCACUAAGUUCUACCGGGACAGAAUAGAACAGGCCAUUGAGGAAGAUGUGGAGACUGUCAUCUCAGUGCUGACAAGGAAGGAAUAUUUCAGCCAAGAGGAAUAUCAAAAACUCACUGAGCUCACACACAGUGGGCAAAGGAGACGAAGCUCCAAACUUCUUCUGAACCUGGUGCUGGGGAAAGGUUCCCGAGUUCAGAGAGUGAUGUGGGAAUCCUUUGUGGAAAUGAAACACACUUUGCCCAAACUGAACAAAAUAAUGAUUGACAUACAAGAGAAAGGCGACAGUCUCGUAAAUGAGGUGAUGAUUGACAAACAUGUACCAGAUGUACCCAGUGCACUUAAAGAUGCUCAACGACAGCACAAGGAGACGUUGCAAAAACAAAGUGAGAAACUGGAAGUAAAGACUAUCCUGAUAAAGGAGAAGGUGAAGACAUUUCAGCUGGUUGAUCGCUACACGGAGCUAACUAUCAUUUCUGAUGUACGGCACCGGGAACUGGUAGAACAUGAGCUGCUGGCGAGAGGCAGAGACCACGAGGAGUGGAGACAGAAGCAACUCCGGAGAGAACUGGAAAAAAUCCGAACUGAUAAACUGUUCCACAGCAGCUUCUCUAGAGGAGGACUAUUUUCCCAGAUGAAAGAAUUCUACAAAAGAAGCGACGCUGGCACUUUCACAGGCACUUCUGCAGUAGUGAGUGGAGUGGCGGGGAUUGGAAAAACAACCAUGGUGCAAAAGAUUGUCCAUGACUGGGCCACAGGAAAAAUCUAUCCUCACUUCCACUUUGUUUUUAUUUUGAAAUUUCGAGACCUAAACGCUCGUAACAUCAGAUUAACACUGAGACAGUUAAUCUUGGAUGAAUAUCCGUACCUCAGUUAUGUUCUGGACGAGCUGUGGAAACACCCAGAGAGAUUGCUCUUUAUAUUUGAUGGUUUGGAUGAAUUCAGGGGAAGCAUUGAUUUCGCUGACAGUUGGAGAGAAGCAGAGUCUCAGAGCAGAUGCACAGACCCCGGUUUCUGGUGUGACGUGUCUGAAAUUGUGUACAGUUUAAUACAGAAAAAGCUGCUGCCAGGCUGCUCAGUGCUGGUGACCAGCCGCCCCACUGCAUUACAGUUACUGGCAAAGGCUCAGGUCAGUGUCUGGGCUGAAAUCCUGGGAUUUGUGGGUGAAGAGAGAAAGGAAUAUUUUCACAAGUUCUUUGAGGAUCAGGAGGUGGCGGCUGCUGUUUACAGCCACGUGGAGGAGAACGAGCUCCUGCUCACCAUGUGCUACAACCCGUCCUACUGCUGGAUCCUCGCUCUGUCUCUGGGUCCCUUCUUUACACGGACACACAGCAACAAACAGCGAGUUCCCAAGACAGUCACACAACUCUUCUCCUAUUAUAUUUAUAACAUACUAUCACAUCACAGUGUCAAGAUGGAGAGCCCCCGUGAUGUGAUGCUGAAGAUUGGUGAGAUGGCCUUCGCUGGAGUCUCCCAGAGAAACAUUGUCUUUAAUGAGGAAGAUCUGAUGAAAUAUAACCUCCAGCCUUCCCAGUUCCUCUCUGGCUUUCUCAUGGAACUUGUGGAGAGAGAGUCUUCAGAGCACAGCGUGGUCUACACAUUCCCGCACCUCACCAUCCAGGAGUUUGUAGCCGCACUCGCUCAGUUCCUGCCUCAGAAUCCAGGAAAUCUGCGGAAUCUCCUGAAUAAAGCUCACAGUAAAGCGGACGGACGGUUUGAGAUAUUCCUGCGCUUUGUUGCUGGUCUCUCCUCCCCACGGGCAGCUCAGCCACUGGAGGAAUUUCUUGGGCCAUUUGUCCAUCAGACAACCUGCGCGGUGAUCGAUUGGCUGAAGGAGAAGGUUAAAGCUCAGAUCAGGGACACAGACACCGUCACUGCGAAAAGGAAGCUGCUGAACACACUCCACUACCUGUUUGAGUCUCAGAAUCAAGCACUGGCACAGCUCUCACUGGGCUCCGUACACACACUGACAUUUGGUGACUUGUCUCCAGAGAAUGCAUUGAGACUGACACCGAUAGACUGUGUUGUGGUGUCUCAGGCCAUUGGACUGUGUGACACAAUAAAACAACUGAAUCUGAUGAACUGCUACAUUCAGGAGGAGGGUCUCCAGCGUCUGGUUCCUGCUCUGCACAAGUGUCAAGAGUUGCUGUAAGUUACUCUGUUUGUAAAUCUUAAUCCUAUUAUU